UGUAUUAGUUCCACUUCCACUAUGUAAUGCAGCAAUAAACAGCCUUCAAAUAAAUAGCCUGCGCUGUCCAGUACAUGCCAGAAGUGAGCACCGGAGCCCUGUGCAAAAACGUCAGGACAUGAAGAUACAAAAUUAAAACGUGGACUUGGGUGAACACCUAGUCAGCUGUACCUGACAUAUUACACAUAUUACAAUGUUCAAUGUAAAUUGAUUGGACAUGACUAGCGUCGCUGAUCAGCUGGCGUCUGCUGCAGCUCGGGGGGACGUUGACCUGGUGAGAAGGAUACUGGAAGAUGGAGCUGACCCCAAUGCCCCUAAUUCGAAGGGGAGAACUCCCAUCCAGGUGAUGAUGAUGGGUAGCCCAAAAGUGGCAGAGCUGCUAAUUCGUUAUGGUGCAAAUCCGUCUGUCCCAGACCCUUUGACUGGCACAUGCCCGGCUCACGAUGCGGCCAGGGAAGGCUUUUUGGACACUGUCCUGGUGCUGUUGGGUGGCGGUGCCAGUAUCCAGGGCCCCUAUGACAAUUAUGGCAAACGCCCCAUUGACCUGGCACCUGCAUGGAUGAAAGAGCAACUCAUCAAAAUGGGGAUCACAGAUUAAAGCAGACUAAAAUAAUGGACU